AUGACGAAGACUCAUGUGAUUGUUGCAUCUAAAGAGGCGUUUUAUGUGUGGCAGUAUCGUGUGGCUAAGAAACUCACUGCUCUUGAAAUCAACCAGGUCUCCAAGACAAGAAAGGAAGGUCGAGAGAGGGUUUUUCACAUCGAUGACAGUCCAAGCGGAACAUCGGAUGGGACACUGAACUUUGCCAAAGCCUUCACAGCCACCAGAGAUCAGAUCUGCUGCAUCACAGCAUCAGAUAGGAUGCUUGUAGUGGAACCAAUUCAAACAUCUGGCUUCAUCUGCCACUUUGAGGAUCUGGAGAUCAAAUCUGUUCUUUUGGAUGAAAUUAUGAGGGAUCCAGAGGUUCUGAAUAAAGAUUAUUUUAUAAACUUCGAGAUCCGCUCACUGAGGGACAGCAGGGCACUUAUUGAGAAGGUUGAAAUUGAGGAUGCUCAGUUUAUUGAGGAUAAUCCCCAUCUGCGUCUCUGUUGUAUCUAUGCAUGCACUUCCAGGCGUCUGUUGGCAGAAGCGGCGCUGCAGAAGCUGGAUCUGAAGAUGGCUGAACAAGUGUUUGUGCGCUGUAGAGACUACCAGGGCAUUGAAUUUGUGAAGAGACUGAGCAACCUACAGAGUGAAGCCAUGAAACAAGCUGAGGUUGCUGCUUACUUCAGCAGGUUUGAGGAGGCAGAGAGGAUGUACCUGGACAUGGACCGCAGGGAUUUGGCGAUUGGUUUGCGUAUGAAGCUUGGUGAUUGGUUCAGGGUUCUGCAGUUGUUGAAGACAGGAUCAGGUGACUAUGAUGAUGCUUUUCUGGAGCAGGCCUACAACGCCAUUGGAGACUACUUUGCAGACAGACAGAAAUGGUUGAAUGCAGUGCAGUAUUACCUGCAGGGUCGUAAUCAGGAGUGUCUGGCUGAAUGUUAUUAUAUACUGGAGGACUAUGAUGGUCUGCAGAAACUUGCAAACUCCCUACCAGAAAACCAUGAACUUCUACCAGACAUUGGUCAGAUGUUUGUCACUGUGGGAAUGUGUGAGGCCGUCAGUGCAUUUCUGAAAUGUAACCAGCCCAAAGCAGCUGUGUAUGCCUGUGUGCAUCUAAACCAUUGGAAUAAAGCUGUUGAACUGGCCAAAAACCACAGUAUGAAGGAAAUUGGGCCACUCUUGUCCAAAUAUGCCUUACAUCUGCUGGAGAAAAACAAAACUCUAGAGGCUGUAGAGCUCUACAGAAAAGCCCAUCACUUCCUGGAUGCCGCCAAACUCAUGUUUAAGAUCGCUGAAGAAAAGGCAAAAAAGAGAAUGCGACCACUCUGAUUGAAGAAGCUGUAUGUGCUCGCCGCCCUACUGGUGGAGAACUUCCACACCCAGAUCAAAAGCUCACAGCUGACUAAACAAAGGGGCAGGAAAUCAGUUGCUACCAGUGCAUUAGCAGGGCUGUUAGAGGAAGAUGAGUCGUCUUCAGACAGUCGUAUCCUGGAUGACGCCUGGUGUGGGGCAGAGGCCUAUCAUUUCUUCCUGCUUGUGCAGAGACAGCUGUACGAAGGCAAGGUGGAUGCGGCCAUGAGGACAGCUCUCCAUCUCCGUGACUAUGAGGAUAUUAUCCCUGCUGUGGAGAUUUACUCUCUGCUAGCCACCUGCUCAUCUGCCAACCGAGCGUUUGGUAUUUGCUCACGUGCCUUUAUUAAGCUGGAGUCUCUGGAAACACUGACUCCAGAUCAGAGGCAGCUUUAUGAAGACCUGGCCCUGGAGAUCUUCACCAAACACAGCCCUCGAGACACCAGGCAAAGCCAGCGAGACAGUCUCACUGAUGGGCCGAAGGGCGUUACCCACCUGUAUAGUGACAGGAAGAGUGAUAUCGGAGUACCAGUUCUGGAUGUGCAGUGUGUGUAAGCACUGUGCUUUGGAGCAGGAGAUUACACAACACAGCUUCUGUCCUCUCUGUCACUCCCCAGUGGGAUAGACUUUUCCCAUCUCUUUUCUAAGCUCAGCUCUUGCUCCAUCAAAUGUCAGUCUUUUUGAUGUACUGUGGGACACAAACUCUGCCAUAGGGGUAGGCUUAAAAUAUAUAUAUCAUAUUUGGAUGUUCAAACAAGUUAUCAUAUAUAUUUAUACAUUUAAUUUCUUUUAUAUGGCAUUUUCAUAUAUUUAUGUAUAUAAUUACAUUAUUUUUAUUUUACCUAACAAUAUUCUACACAAAUUUCUCUGUAAAUCAUUUAAAAAGACAUUCUUAUGGAAUCACUCAAUUUGACAAUUUAAUUAAAAAUGAGUUAAACAUUGUUUGCAAGUGUUUGCAAGUGUUUGCAAAAUUAGGAAUGAUAGUUUAAAACAAAAAACAAUGAAACCGAUUCAGUGUGUCCUGUUAUUUUAGCACUAAUCAAACAAUAGGACAUCAAUUUACUUUGAUUUACUCUUCAAAAAAAAAAAAAAAAGGAAAAGAAGAAAAAAAAGACUUGUCUCAAAAAAGACAGUCUCUCAGACUUUGCUGUUCACUUCUGUCAGUUCUGAUUUGAAUUGAAAAUUGACAUAUUUAAUUUUAGGCACCUGUCCAGUGAAACAUUUACAGAUAAUAUUUGUCUUGUCUUGUCUUGUAUG